CGAUCUCUUUCAGUUCGAUCUGUUUCCGGCUCAGUCUGAUGAUGAAACAGGAAACCACCUCAGCCUCGGGUGAAGGGUUAACUGCAGGCGCUGCUGAGCUUUGAAACUGCGUUGUCUUAAGGAGCGGCUAGGGAAGCCGAGAAGAGGGGAUGAUGCUGAUAUUACGGCCGACGGCAUUGUGGGUCUCGAAAGGGCGGGUGGUUUUCCAAGGAAGGAAGUUUUCGGGGGCUCUGCGCCAACAAGGUAAAGGCCAUGUUGAUGAAUCUUCACUCCGGCCACUAUAUAUGGAUGUCCAAGCAACAACCCCUCUGGACCCAAGGGUUUUGGAUAGCAUGCUGCCUUAUCUUGUGCAUUACUAUGGCAACCCACACUCUAGAACUCACGCAUAUGGUUGGGAAAGUGAAACUGCAAUGGAAAAAGCUAGACAGCAAGUUGCAUCAUUAAUAGGAGCAGAUCCUCGAGAAAUUAUUUUUACCAGUGGGGCCACAGAAUCAAAUAAUAUAGCAAUUAAGGGCGUUGGAAGAUUUUAUAAAUCCAGAAAGAAACAUAUAAUUACAACACAAACUGAACACAAAUGUGUGCUAGAUUCUUGUCGUGCCCUAGAAGCUGAGGGUUUUCGAGUCACUUACUUGCCUGUAAAGAGAAAUGGCCUUAUAGAUAUAAAGGAACUGAAAAAUGCAAUAGAACCUGACACAAGCCUAGUGUCGAUAAUGACUGUAAAUAAUGAAAUAGGUGUGAAACAGCCAAUUAGUGAUAUUGGUGACAUUUGCAGUUCCAAUAAAGUUUUUUUCCAUACAGAUGCUGCACAGGCAGUUGGAAAAAUCCCUCUGGAUGUCAAUGAUAUGAAAAUUGAUUUAAUGAGCAUAAGUGGCCAUAAAAUUUAUGGUCCCAAAGGGGUUGGUGCAAUUUAUGUCCGGCGGCGACCAAGAGUAAGAGUGGAACCUAUACAGAGUGGAGGAGGUCAAGAGCGAGGAUUACGUUCUGGAACUGUGCCAACUCCGUUAGUAGUUGGCCUUGGGGCAGCUUGUGAAUUGGCACAGCAAGAAAUGGAGUAUGACCAUAAACGAAUUAGCUUAUUAGCUGAUAGGCUAAUCACAAGAAUAAUAUCAGAAGUUCCUGAUGUUGUAAUGAAUGGAGACCCAAUGCAUCGUUAUCCAGGCUGCAUCAAUUUAUCAUUUGCGUAUGUGGAAGGGGAAAGCUUGCUGAUGGCCCUGAAAGAUGUGGCACUCUCUUCUGGAAGUGCUUGUACAUCUGCAUCUUUGGAACCAUCAUAUGUAUUACGUGCUAUUGGAACAGAUGAGGAUUUGGCUCAUUCAUCCAUAAGAUUUGGAAUUGGACGUUUUACUACUGAAGAAGAAGUAGAUUAUACUGUAAAUAAAUGCAUACAACAUGUGAAAAGAUUAAGAGAAAUGAGCCCACUGUGGGAGAUGGUACAGGAUGGAAUUGAUCUGAAGAGCAUUAAAUGGACACAGCAUUAAAAUACUUAUAUAUCAGACUGCAUGGUUGUGGAUUAAAUGUUUCUGUACAUUCCUGAGGAAAAGUAUAUAGUUUUAAGUGUGCAAUUCCUGUGUGACCAGUGAAAUGCAUUUUUUAAAUACAGAGCCUGAAAACUAAUUCUACGACAAGAGUUUUGUUUUGUGCAUUAACUUUCACAUAAAGAAGUAUACAUAGACAUAAAGUAUGCUGACACCAAAGAAGUUGCAGUACUUUUAUUUUUAGAUGAUCUUGUCACAGCUUGGUAUAAUGAGACUUCAGAAUUGUAUCAUGGUGAAAAAAUGGUUGGUUUGUUGGUCUUCUGUAAGCAUUAUGAGGCCAUGCUGAAUGUAUUUUAUCAUGUUACCUUGCAGAAACAUAUUAUACAUUCAGAAAUAAUGUUUCUUAUAGAAAGGAGUUUACUUUACUAAAUCCAAUGUCUUAUGCUUACGCACUGGUGCUUGUUAUAUAGAAAUACGCAUGCUAAGCUAACUAAAUCUAUAGGUAGAUUUCUGUAUAUAAAGUUCAAAUGAAAGUGAAAGAAUUAAUGUUAUGUAUUUCAUGCAGUUAUAUAUUUCAUGUAAAAGCUGUACCAAUGCAAUUUUUGUGCUUAAGUAAUAGAAAAUGAUAUGGAAUACAAUAGGAAUCGCUUUGUCACAUUUGUAGACCAAGAGAAAGCAUUUGAUACAGUUCAUAGGAAAAUGUUAUGGCAAACACUGACCUAAUAUGGUGAACAUGUUAUUAGAGUAUGCAAAAGCUUAUAUAGUGAUUGCAGAAGUGUAGUCGGAACAAAUCAAGAAAUAUCAGAAUCCUUCACUGUAAUAUCCAGAAUAAAACAGGCAUUUGUACUGUCAUCACUAUUGUUUAUUGCCUAUAUUGACAACAUAAGCAAAGAAGACAAACCCAAGAAUGGAAAUAUCAAUGAACUACUCUUUGCAGACAAAUAGGCAUUGAUAGCAAGUACAGCUAAGAAACUGCAACAUCUUAUGGUGAUGAACCAAGAAUGCCAGACAAAUAAUAUCAGAAUUAGCAAAGAGCAAACAGAAGUAAUAGCAAUUGAAAGAAAAAAGCAUACCCUAAAAGCAUACCCAUCUAUAGUAACAGAAGGAACAAGCAUACCACGUGUAUCAAAGUUCAAAUAUCUAGAAACAAUAUCCAACCAAAUAUGCUAAAAUGGACAAAGAGAUUAACAUACGAUGCAGUAAGGCAAACAAAGUAUUAAGACAACUUGCUCCAGUCCUACAACAAAAAGCAAUACCGAUCAGCACAAAGAAGCAUGUCAUGCAAAGUAGAUUCAUCCUUAACUUAUGUUACCAGUGUCAAACAUGGACACUUCCAACAAAACUUAAAUGAAAGUUAGUCACCAUGGAAAUGAAAUGUUUGAAAAAAGUUGCUGGAGUGACAAGAAGAGAUAAAAUCAUAAUGAGACUAUAAGAGAAAGAAUUGGCAUAGAACCAACCUUAAGUUACAUACAAAAACAGCAAGGAGAGGAUGUCAUGAGAUUCCAUACCAUACAGGUUAUAUACAAAAAGAGAAGAUCAAAGAACAUGAAGCAGACCAGAAAAUGGAGAGACAGUACUACAACAACAUCAAUUAAUGGUUAAGCCAGCCAGAAAAGGAGACGGUGGGAAGGGAGUAAAGGAGGCGACAGAGAAGAAUUUCAUUGUCAACAUGUUGAUUUUUAAAGGUGAUAUAAGAGGAUGCUGGGUUAAAAGACAAAUGUGUUUGGAAAUUGCUUGCUGUUUUUGCUCAUUUUUUUAAAUUUCAUUUGUCACAAUAGUAUACAAACAUCGACAUAAAACAACAACACAUCAUAUAAGAAAUAUAUAUAUAUAAGCAAAAGAAUGCAAUAACUGUUAAUUUGAUAUAAUGAAAAGGAACAAUAGGACAGGAACGGUAGGUACAUUUGUGCUCUUAUGCACGCCCCUUGUAGUCCUCUUAGGAAUCGGGUGAGGUCAAAAGUAGUCAGUUUUUGGUUGAAGAUUUUGGGAUUUUGAGUAGAGACUAUAGAGUCAGGUAAUGAGUUCCAAGCAUUAACAACUCUGUUACAGAAGUCAUAUUUUCUGCAAUCAAGUUUGAAGCGGUUGACAUUAAGUUUGAAUCUAUUGUUUGCUCUUGUAUUAUUGCGAUUGAAGCUGUAGUAGUCUUUUACAGGAAGGAUAUUACAAUAGAUUAUUCUGUGUGUUAAACACAGGUCAUGUCAAAGUGAGCGGAGUUCUAAGUUUUCUAAUCCCAGGAUUUCAAGUCUGGUGGCAUAAGGUAUUUUGUUGUUUAUGGAGGAGCGAAGAACUCUUCUAGUAAAAUAUUUCUGGACGCGUUUGAUUGUAUUAAUAUCAGAGAUGUGGUAUGGGUUCCAGACAGAUGAGCUGUAUUCAAGAAUAGGUCUGGCAAAUGUUUUGUAUGCUCUGGUUAGUAGUGUAGAGUUUUUGGAAAUGAAGCUGCGUAAAAUUAGGUUUACAACUCUUGGAGCCUUUUUUGCUAUGUAACUGCAGUGGGCUUUGGCAUUUAGGUCAUUUGAUAUGAAAACUCCAAGGUCUUUGACAGGGUGUGGGUCGUCAGUAAGGUAAUGUCCGUCAAGCUUGUACUUGUUGUUUGGGUUCUUUUUUCCAAUAUGUAAGACUGAGCAUUUGCUGGUUGAGAUUUGGAGUUGCCAAGUUUUGGACCAAUCGGAUACAAAGUCAAGGUCUUCUUGAAGGGUAGAAGUAUUGUUAGUGGUAUUAAAUAGUUUGACAUUGUCAGCAAAGAGAACACAAUAACUUGAGAUAAGGUCACAGAGAUCAUUUAUGUAUAGUAUGAAGAGCGUUGGUCCAAGAACACUACCUUGGGGAACGCCAUUUUCAGAAACGAGUACCAGUGGAGAACAUCCCAUCCCAUCUCAAGCUCAAUUAACACAUUUGAUGAUGCUGAAGACAGUUGACCACAGCUGAUAGAUCCAGCAAGAUCAGGAUAAUCACCCCCCCCCCACAUUCCAAACCUAAUGGAAUGGAAUGCAACUAAUGUAAAAGAUAAAGGGUUCCCUGUCCAGUCAUGUCUGAUUGUAAACUGAUGUCCAUUUCUUAGCCGAGGAAGCCAGCAUUGUCCAAAGACAUUUCUGUGGUCAUGUGGCCAGCAUGGUUAUACACCAAGGCACAAAGAACACUGUUACCUUCCUACUGAAGUGGUACCUAUUUAUCUACUUGCAUUUGUAUACUUUUGAACUGCUAGGUGGGCAGGUACUGGGACAAGUAACAGGAGAUCACCGCCUUGUGCAGCACUCAGAUCACAAAGGGCUGUCAGCUUUCCAGCUGACAAGCUCAGCAUCUUUAACCACUGAGCCACAGCAACUCAUGUAGUUCCAUCCUAUACUCAAAAAAUCCAGAUAAUCUGUUUCAUUCCAAGCUUUCUGUAAUUGUAGUCUUACCAUCUUUCCAACAACUUUAAAAUUUUAAAAUAAAAGGUCAUGUGGAUUAAGAUGGCCACAUGGUUUCUGAAAUCUGGAAAUGUCUAUUUAAAAAUGUGUACUGUCCUGGUGCUUGUCAAAUGCCAUUAGUUUGCAAGCUUUAACUCUUAUAUUUUAAAUACUCAACUCAAAACCGUAGAAAUGGUGGUAGACUUUAGGAAAAACCCUUCCAUACUUCCACCUCUCACAAUACUUGACAACACAGUAUCAACAGUAGAAACCUUCAAAUUUCUGGGUUCUAUCAUAUCGCAAGAUCUCAAAUGGACAGCUAACAUCAAAAACAUCAUUAAAAAGGACAACAAAGAAUGUUCUUUCUGCGCCAACUCAGUAAGCUCAAACUGCCCAAGGAGCUGCUGAUCCAAUUCUACAGAGGAAUUAUUGAGUCUGUCAUUUGCACCUCCAUAACUGUCUGGUUCGGUUCUGCAACUCAACAAGAAAAACACAGACUUCAGAGGAUAAUUAGAACUGCAGAAAAAAUAAUUGCUACCAACUUGCCUUCCAUUGAGGACCUGUAUACUGCACGAAUCAAGAAGAGGGCCGUGAAAAUAUUUGCAGAUCCCUCGCAUCCUGGACAUAAACUGUUUCAACUCCUACCCUCAAAACGACGCUAUAGAGCACUGCACACCAGAACAACUAGACACAAGAACAGUUUUUUCCCGAAGGCCAUCACUCUGCUAAACAAAUAAUUCCCUCA